CUCUUCAAUUUAUCCGUCAUCUUUCAUCUUUCUCAUAAAUCAAAAACAAACCCAAAUUCUCCAAACCCUUUUAGGUUUUCGAUUUCACCAACACCUCUCUAAAUCUCUUCCUCAAUUGAAUCGCAAUCAUGGCCCAAGCAGUUGAAGAAUGGUACAAGCAGAUGCCGGUGAUCACCAGAUGCUACCUCACCGCCGCUGUCGUCACCAGUAUCGGUUGCUCCCUCGACAUAAUCUCGCCUCACAAUUUGUACUUGAACCCUAUACUGGUAGUGAAGCAGUAUCAGCUAUGGCGCCUCAUCACCAAUUUCCUUUACUUUCGAAAGAUAGACUUGGAUUUUCUGUUCCACAUGUUCUUCCUGGCUCGGUACUGCAAGCUUCUUGAGGAGAACUCGUUCAGGGGGAGGACGGCGGAUUUCUUUUACAUGCUCUUGUUCGGUGCGUCUGUGUUGACGGGGAUAGUUCUGGUUGGGGGAAUGAUACCUUAUCUGUCGGAGUCUUUUGCAAAGAUCAUAUUCCUGAGCAACUCGCUGACAUUCAUGAUGGUCUAUGUUUGGAGCAAGCAGAACCCUUUCAUCCAUAUGAGUUUCCUGGGACUCUUUAACUUCACAGCAGCAUACCUACCAUGGUUUCUCCUAGGCUUCUCUGUCCUUGUUGGAGCAAGCGCUUGGGUGGAUCUCCUGGGAAUGAUUGCUGGUCAUGCGUAUUAUUUUCUGGAAGAUGUUUACCCCAGGAUGACAGGCCGCCGGCCCUUGAGAACCCCUUCAUUUAUCAAGGCAAUAUUUGCAGAUGACGCUGUUGUGGUGGCACGGCCAGCGAAUGUGAGAUUUGCUCCUCCACCUGUUGAGGAACUUCACCAAGAUUGAUGAAACCUUCAGGAAAACCUGUUGAGGAACUUCACCGAGAUUGAUGAAACCUUCAGAAAAAAUAGGUUGAUGGGGCUUAGCUGGAAAUAGUCAUGGCUCUGGCUUCUAGGAUGGAUUUGUGCUCUGUAAUAUAUAGAGAUAUACACUGAUAUGCAAAUUACUUUUUGUGCAACUGUUACAAUUCAAAGCUCAUGAAUGCGUGAUCAAAGUGCUGUUGCUGGCUUUGUGAUCU